CUCACUCAACCACCCUUCGUUCGGUAGAGUCGAGACCUUUGGGUCUGUCUCUAUUGCGACACUACACUACCUCGAGUAGAUCUCACCAAGUCUCUAUACUACCUAAGAACCUGAACCCACCUUCAUCCCACGUCCAGUCGCAGCAAUGGGUUUCGUAGCCGGCGUCACCGGCGGCGCAACCCUCACCCUUGGCCUCACCUACCUCGCCAUCUCCGCCCACCAGCGCAACCGCACGCACCAAUCCGACCUCCUACGCGCGCAGACCCGCUUCGUCAACACGCUCGCCCGCGACACUCUCCCCACCAACCUGCGCACGCGCUACCCCAUCAACGAUGAAGACCUAGCCUACUUCCCUCCCCCUCGCUCCGAGCUGGUCGAGCGCGCGCGCCACCGCUUCGUCGAGUCUGUCAAGGACAGGUGGAACCAGGAAAUCCAAAACGCGGUGCGGUGGGCGCAGACGAAGGACUGGUCGUCCGUCCGCGAAAAGGCCGAGGACGCUGUUGCCAGUCUGUUCGGCUACACGAUCGAUCGCAGCGAGUAUGCUGCGGUGAAGGCGAAGGAGGCGGCGAAGGAGGCGGCCAGGAUCGCGGCUGAAAGGGUGAGGUAUGCGGCGGAGGAGGGCAAGGAAACGGGCAAGAUCAUGGCUAGGGAGGCGCAUGUCAGGUCGGAGGAGAUGAGGAGGCGGGCGGCCGAAACGGCGAGGUUGUGGAGCCAGGAAGCCAGGGAGGAAAUGCAGGUUGCUAAGGGUGUGGCGCAGAGGGUCGCUGAGGAGGUGAGGCACGAUGCUGAUGUGGUCAGGGGCGUGGUGAACAGCGUGGUCGACAAGGCGGUUGAGAAGGGCCGCCACGGCAUCGAGAAGGUGGAGGAGGCGGUGGGCAUGGGCAAGGCGGCGGUUGAACUCGCCGAAGAGAAGUUUGAGGCCGCGAUGGACCGGAAACUGUUGCACGUGUCGGAUAUUGACAAGGCGUUGCAGGAGAGGUAUACCAAGAGGGAGGACGUCAUGAAGAAGAGCGUGCAGGAGGUGUUGGCAGAGAGAUAUAUCCCGAUGGAUAAGAGGGACAAUACCAGGUUACGCAGUCUUAUUUAGGGGUUGGGCGAUCGGGAUACGUUGCGAGGUCAUCAGUACAUAGACAAAAGAGGCAGCAGCAGUUAUGGAAGGGUUUUCAAGAGCGACAAAAUAAUCAUUUCACCAACUCUACACAUUCAAUGGAGGCAGACACCAACAUCCCUAACAGGC